UUGUUUGUUUGUCGGUGAACAUGUCGGAGCCCGAGGAGGAGCUCCAGGGAGAGCAGAGAGAGAGCACGAAGAAGAAGAAGAAGAAGAAGAAGAAAGAAAAACGAAGCGCGAAGAAGAAGACGGAGAAGAAGAAGGAGGAGGAGGAGGAGGAGGAGGAGGAGGAGGAGGAGGAAGAGGAGCACAGUGAGUGCGUGGUGUUGCGUGGGAUCUUCAAACUGGGGAAGAAGAGUCACGACGUCCUGCUCACCAAAACCAGGCUGACGUGGAUCCCCAUCACCCCGGAGACCCCCACAGCUGAGGCGAGCAUGCUGCAGCCAAGCGUGCUGCUGCUGCGCGACGUGUUUGCGGUGAAGGUGAAGCGCCGGCGAGCUGUGGGGCAGCAGUCGGGGGGACCCGUGCUCGGUGUGGCACUGUUCUGCUGCCGGAGGAGGGGGAGGAGGCUGGAGGAGGAGACGCUCCACCUCCACAACGCCUCCGCAGAACACACACAAACCUGGUACAACACCCUGAAGGAGCUGCUCACAGAGUCCAGCAGUCGUCCCAGGUAUCUAAAGGUGUUCAUCAACCCCAGCAGCCACAAAAAGGAGGCCGUUCACAUCUACAGAGAACAUGUGGCUCCGCUCUUCAAGAUGGCUGACGUCCGCACUGACAUCACUGUGACAGAGAGGAAGGGUCAUGCUCUCUCAGUGAUGAAGGAAUGCAAGCUGGAUGAAUAUGAUGGGGUGGUGUGUGUUGGUGGGGACGGGUCGGUGGCGGAGCUGUGUCAUGCUCUGGUCCUCAGAGCUCAGCUGGAUGCUGAUUCUCCAGAGAAACCAGUGAAAGCAGUGCUGCCACUAGGAAUCAUUCCUGCUGGUUCUACAGACGUGGUUUCCUGUUCUGUUCAUGGAGUCAGAGACCCGGUCACUGCAGCCCUGCACAUCGUCCUGGGUCACCUGCAGCAGGUGGACAUGUGCAGCUUCUCGUCUCUCGGUCAGUUGGUGUGUUUCGGGUUCUCCGCCAUGUUCGGCUUCGGUGGGCGGAGCUUAGCGCGGGCGGAGAAGAAGAGGUGGAUGCAGACGUCGCGUCGGCGAGAGUACGCGCUCGUGAAGACUCUGGCGAGGAUGAGACCAGAAGACUGUCAGCUGUCUUUUCUACCAGCAAAGCAGUCAAACAAAGACCAGGACCAGGACCCAGAGUCAGAAGGGGAGGAUUCUUGGACAACUAAUCAGGGCCUGUAUCUGAGCAUCAGCAUCAUGUCCAUCCCCUGUCUGAGUCCACACGCACCUCGAGGACUAGCUCCCAACACCAGUUUGGCAAAUGGCAGCGCGUCAUUGAUUGCAGUAGGAAACACUUCCAGGUCAGAGUUCAUCAAACAUCUGAAGAGAUACAGCAGCUCUAGUGGACAGUUCAGCUUCUCAUUCGUGGAGACGCAGGCCGUGUCAGCGGUGAGGAUUUGCCCCCGCUCUAUAAUUGGCUGCUCAGAGGAGGAGAGUGAGGAAGAAGGCGAGUCCAAGACCUCGCCUAUCAUCCAAUCAGAGGGAGCCGCCUUCCCCUGGAACAUCGACGGAGAGCUGGUGGAGAUUGCUAACGAAGUGCUCGUCAGGGUCCACCCGCAGCUCAUCACUCUGUAUGGGGAGGAGGUGGACGAGGCGGAGUCGACGGUCUCCUGCAGCUGCAUCUGAGUCCAACAGAGGGCGCUGUGGCUGUGUUUGUGUGUUGGGCCCAAGACACAUCGCCAUGGUAACCACGUUGACUUAAAGUGCCCUUUCUAGGCUUGUACUGUUUCCAUGGGAAUGUGAACUUUCGUAGACGUUUGAUUCUAAGUAACCAAAACACAAAAGUAGCGACAGAGCUUUGCAGCUUUCUGUUAACAUCAUGUAUUUUGAAGCUACAUUUUUUUAUUAUUAUUGAUUAUUGCAGCUUAAAUAACCAAUGAGGUAACUUAUAGGAUACCUUUAACUCCGAACGACCUUUGCUUUAAAAGGGUAAAUACUUCUAGACAUGACUAAUGAGAAUGAAGAUAAAUGUUUUUGUAUUCAAGUUCAUGUUUACAUUUUUCUAUAUUUUAAUCACCAGCUCUUCUCUGAAUAUAAUUUGUAUAUUUUUUUUUACAUUUUGUUUUUUCAUGACCAAUUUCUGAUUCUGCUGCAGAGAGCAACGAUUCAUCUGUAAUUUAAACUAUAAACAUGUGAGCUAAAAAUAGUUUAUGAAUCCUAAAUUGUGAGGAAA